GGGGCCCUGGCACCAACUUUUUUACGAGUAUUUACUACGAUCCCCCUAUUAGCUCAGAGCCCCGGCUGUCAGCCUGCUUUAUGCCAUGCCCCAAUAACCCGCCGCCCUGCCCAGGACCCCACAGCCCAGCAUGGCAGACCCUCUGGCGGACCUGAUGACAACGGCCGCUGCCCGGGGGGACCUGGAGCAACUAGACGACCUGCUGCGCUCUUCGCCCAACGUGGAUGCGCCCAACCGCUUUGGCAGGACAGCCCUGCAGGUGAUGCGGUUGGGAUGCCCGGCCAUUGCCAGCCUCCUUCUCGGCAGAGGUGCUGACCCCAAUCUGCAGGACAGCUGUGGCUUCUCAGUCCUCCACGACACGGCCAGAGCCGGCUUCUGCGACACCAUGAGGAUCCUGCUGGACUUCCAUGCUGAUGUCAACCUGCAGGACAACGAUGGCAACAUAGCCUUGCACCUGGCAGCCAAGGAAGGCCACCUGCACAUGGUCCAGUUCCUGGUCCUGCACACGGACAGCAGGGUAGGCCACAGGAACAGGGACGGGGACACCGCCUGUGACCUGGCCAGGAUGUACAGCAGGGAGCCCCUGGUACUGUGGCUGCAGGGCAAUGCCAGGGGCCAGCAGUAGUGGCCUUUUCUCCCGGACUGCAGAGACUGUACAGAUUAAAGCUCCUUCUGUACCAUCUGCUUUCCAUAAGGA